GUCUUACGGGUGUGGAACGACAUGAGGGAGAGUAAUAAAUGACAUUUUCAUUUUUGGGUGAACUAACCCUUUAAAGGUUCUUCAUGGAACCAUCAAUGCCAAUAAAGAAGCUUUAUUUUUAAGUGUACGUGCAACUACAGGUUACUUCCCUGAGUUUAUGUGGCGUCAAAGAACGCUGCGAAUAUCAUUGGGAACGGUACGGCAUAACAACAUGAACAAAUCACUCCUGUCAUGCCACUAAAAGUUACGAAAAUGUCAAACUUUUGCUGCAACGCAAUGACACACUCUUUCAACCUCCUCAAAACUGAGCCUUUGCAUCUCUAUCUGUCAAACGCUCCAAACAAUCCAACAUUUCAAUCUGAUAAUAGCAGUGCAGUAACCAACAUGAGCAACAGUGUUAUAUUUCCUCAGAUGUGAAAUGAAGACUGCUACAACAGUUUUGCAUUAUACACUUGACUGUAGGACACUUUCUUUGUGUGCUUUAUUUAAAGCCUGUUCACACCAAGAACAAUAACUAUAACGAUAACUAUAUUAGUGUUCACACCAGCGGACGACAUCAUUCUGUUUAUUAUACGCGCUGCAGUUUUGUCGUCAGUUGCUUUAAAGGUGCAAUAUAAUAUCCAUAACUAUGUUUUCAGUGGUGUAUAAAGACCUUACAUAAUGAACCGUUAUGUUUUUAUUACUUUAGAAUGAGUCAUUUCUGUCUUCAUACACUGCGGGUCCCCUUACACGAAAGUCGCCAUUUUGCGCCGCUAUGUUUCUACAGUAGCCCUAAACGGACAAACUGCUCUACAGAUUAAUGGCUGUUAUGUUAAAUAAAGUUUACUAAUUACAGCAAAGCAGGUAAGUGUACUUUACCUGUGCAUGCCGUUGUCUCGUCUCCCCUCAGAUUUGCUGUAAUGGCAAUCCUGCGCGUAAUUCUCAAAACACCCACAAGAUGGCGGCGUUUAUCUGUAAAUCUGAUAUUACAAAACCGAUAUCCGAUUAUGGUAAAAUGCUUAAAUAUCGGGGAAAAUAUCGGUAAAUCGAUAUAUCGGUCAGUCUCUAGAAGCGACCUCAAAUAACAUGAUAUUUAACCCCUGGAAAGCGAAUUUUACCAGGGGAACCCCGCCAAAAAUGCGGAUUUUACCCCCCGGAACACGAUUUUUACCGCGAUUGGACUAGUUUUGAGUAGCAGUUGUCUAUUCAAUAUUGUUCCUCUGCGUCAUUAUCGUUAUAGUUGUGGUGUGGGCUCAAUAUUUAAUAAUUUGUAAAACUAUAUCUUUAUAGUUAUCGUCCUUGGUGUAAACGAACCUGACAAUUUUUUUUGUCAAACUGUCAUAAGAAAAAGUAAAGCACGUAUGGGCCAAAUAUGAAUAACCAAAGUGUCUAUUGCAUUAAAUUCAAUUAAUUGUGUGUAUAUAUUUUAUUCUUUUUUAUUGUUUUUAAUGCAAACGGUAAGACCACAAGCUGUAAAUAUCAAAGCACUUGUAUAACAGUUUUUAGCUUUUUGUUGAAUAGCGCUAUUUGUAACUUAUCCUUUUUUGCUGUUUACAUUCUAACUCAUUGGUGACCAUGUUAUUGUGAACCAAUGAAACAUGGUACAGGAGUACUGUAAAAGAUUUUUUGCAAUUAAAGCUCAGCUAGACCAACUGUGUUGUAGUUAUUAAUCAUCCUAAUCAUUUUGUCCUCACAUGCACUCUUUGUGUGAUGCACAUGUAACUGCGAACUGGAUUGCAAUGUUUAGGGGUUUGUAUAAACAGAUUCAUUCAUACAAGCGAAAAUGAGUGCAUGUAAAUUCACCUACUGUACUGAUGACAGUGGCGCCUCUAGUGGUCAGAUAAUGUCAUCGCUCCAACAGCAAUCUGCUGCUUUCGAGCUUUGGACAGUGCGAUUCAUUCCAAACGAACACGAUUUGCGGAUUCGUGUGAGAGAUACAAAUGCUUUGUGCAUCGGUUCGAUCGAAUCAUUCAGAAGAACCGAUUCAGUAGAACGACUUGUUGGCGAAUCGAACACCGCCGCCACUCUUCUUUGUCCUCGCGGUGACUGACUGUAUAUGAUCCCGCUGAAUGUACAUUAUUUAUUCAUCCGUUUACACUCUGUAUUCAUCAAACAGAAGAUCUGAAGGAUGGUGUUAGUUCAUGUCGGAUAUUUGGUUCUUCCCGUCUUUGGCUCAGUGAGAAAUAGAGGAUCUCAUUUUAACAGGCAUCAGCACAGUCAUGCUACCUCUUGCCGGCAUUUCCACGUAGGCCCGCAGGCCCAGAUCCCUGUUGAUUUCCCAAUGCCCCAUCCAGGACAAUCUCAGACGGGAAUGAGCCAUCACCUCGGCCCCGCGCACCAGCCAGCUGCGGCGUUGCAUCCCCCUCUCAACCACAUACCAGCGCCACCGUUCCAGGACAUCCCGGCCCCGCCCUUCCUACCUCAGGCUUUACACCAGCAAUACCUCAUCCAGCAGCAGAUCCUGGAGGCCCAGCACAGGAGGAUACUUCCACAGCCCAGCAGACACGCUCCAGACAGAACCCUUCCCCAUCCACAGACGCUGCGGCCGCCGUAUGAAUACCCACCAUCCUUUCACAUUCCCCCACCGCCGCCGGUCCCGCAGCAGCCGCGCUACCUUGCUGAAGGAACAGACUGGGAUCUGAGUGUGGAUCCAGGCCUGCCGCAGUACCACGUCUCUCCCCUCACUCAGCAUUAUCAGCAUUACCUGACCUCUCCACGACUGCAUCACUUCCCCAGGAACACCACCUCGGCACAAGUGGUUGUCCAUGAGAUCAGAAAUUACCCAUAUCCUCAGUUACACCUUCUGGCUCUUCAAGGCCUCAGUCCGUCUCGCCACGCGUCUGCGGUGCGGGAGAGUUACGAGGAGCUCCUGCAGUUGGAGGACAGACUGGGCAAUGUGAACAGAGGGGCUGUGCAGACCACCAUCGAGAGGUUCACCUUUCCUCACAAGUAUAAAAAGAGAAGACCUCUAGAGCUGAAGAUCGGCAUGGAUGAAGAGGAGCUCGACACGGAUGAGAAAUGCACAAUAUGCCUCUCGAUGCUUGAAGACGGAGAGGACGUCAGGAGAUUACCCUGCAUGCACCUCUUCCAUCAGGCUUGUGUUGACCAGUGGCUGGCCACCAAUAAGAAGUGUCCCAUCUGCAGGGUAGACAUUGAGACGCAGUUGUCCCCCGAUAGCUGAUGUCUCGUGUAGCACUAGCGAAAAGUCCUGUUGUCGUUCUUCGUCCCCUCGUGGGCACUUUGCCAAAUGUGUGUCAUCUCCAUCACCACUCUCACCUCUGACCUUUGCCUUCUGAGCCAACUGAUGACGUGCGCCGAAGUGGAACCGAGAGCACACGGAGAAGAGCGAGUCUGUGGAUGAAGAUGGUGCUCUGUACGUGUGUGUGUUUAGGAGGCGAACGAACGGUGAUCUCCGAUGAAGACCAACCAAAUGUUCUCAGUGGGUCACGGAUGAAGCAUGUCACAGCAUAUCACAUGUGGUUGGUCAUGAACUUUAAACGAAUCAUUUGUGAAAAAAAAAAACACCCACACAUCAGCGAAUGAGAGAAGUGUUCAAAAAAGCUCCGUCGUCGUGUCUGUAAUUAUCGGAGGUGAUGCUUGACGUCCGUAUGUAAUUGUGAGGCCAGGCUUGAUAUGAACUGUGACAGUCCGCAUUUUGUCCAACGCUUAGAAACGUAUCCACUAAAUGCAUGUUGAAGCGAGAGGCCGGGGUUCUUCUGGGAAACGCGACGAGAGGUCGAGGCGACAUUCUACUAAUCCUGAAGACACUGUGUUCUCGAAGAGUCACCACGAGUGAAACAUGUACCUUAAUGCCUGUAGCACAAGCACACGUCGAAUAGUAACGGCAUAACUCUGUGUUUCCAUUGGCUCUGUGACUCGUGGUCUCGCUUGUAGAGUCAUAAUGUGCAUGAAACCUGUUUGCUGCCAUUUCUAGAGGACAUGACAAGGGAGUAAAGCCAUUUGUUUUAUAGAAACCAAACAUAACUUUUCUAAAUCACUCUUUCUCGUUUUAUUUCUUCUGUUGCCAACCUGUGUGCGGGGCUGGUACAGCUUCUCAACAUAAGUAGCUGCGAUGCUGGAAAAAAAACAAACAAACAAACAAGUUAUUUAUUGUCGUCUUAAUGUAGUUAGUGGUUAUUUUUGUAAAUGCACUCACUUUUUUCCUGAUGAGGUCGUGUGGUCCCUGCUUUUGCAUUUGCACUCAGUAAGCUGUUUCCUUGCGUAUCGUGCACUCCAUCCCAAAAAAAAUGACAAAAAAACAAGGGAGCAGACUUUUUAACAGCACAGUUUCUUCUUCGCGUAACGAUAGUUGUUGCCUCACUGACCACUUUCAAUGUACGUGACUGUUUUUUCCGUAGCAUUUCAGAUGUCGUCGUUUGCUUUUGCAACUUUUCCCGAAUUCAAGCGUUCAGCUGCUUGGAGCGGAAGCCAGGAAGUUGGAAGCAUUUUCAGUCAUCGUCGUGUAGCGCGUCAGUGAUCUUUUCUCAUCGUCCGUCUGCGUUUUAUAGUUUACACAUGAUAUUGUGCGUCGAAAUGCCUUAAGUAUUUAACAAUCAUAAUUUAUGACUAACUUUACCUACUAUGGGUGCGUAUUUAAGUUCCGAACUAGUAUCGCAAUGUAACCGAUUGGUUUAUUUAUUUACGUCAGCAUAACGUGUGUAUAAAUACCUCAUUGUGCUAUACUUUAAUGGGAGUGCUUUGCAUGCGGUUAAGUAAGUGUCAAAACAAGCUAAAAAACCCCAGCAGGGCGUGCUGAAAUGUGCUAGUAUGUGGUGCUGUAGUUUUUUGGUUACAUUCCAUUAAUGCGAUUUCAAAGAGUCGUUCGGCUGUGAGCUCGUAGACAAACUGGACUUGUUUUGCAUGUCUCUCCUGUUUUUUGCACUCUCAGCUUUGCUGCCCUCUCACUGGCAUCCUGCGAACAUCGUCCGCUCGUCGCGUCGCUGGCGAUCCAGGCCGCCGUGAAUCUGUUUUCAGUCGUGAGGAGUGAGUUCAGCGCUUACUGUGAUUGAUUAUAGCUGCUUGUCUUGUGCCCAUCUGGCUUUAACUUUUGAUUUUUGAUCCGAGACUUAAAGUGAUGCUUAUUUUAUUCCCAUUAGUAGCAGUUUUCGUUUGCCUUUCAAUCGGUACUUCAUAUAAGGGGCUUUAAAUGUCUGAAUGCAGGUCGUGUUGUGGUGUAGCUGCCGUAUACGUUUGUCACAUUUCACCAUUUUACCACGUCAGGUUAUUUAGCUUCAAUCCCCCAAACAAUCUGCCAGCAUGGCAGUAGUGUAAAACAUUGAUACGGCAGAUAACUCUUAUUUCCAGUGAAAUAAUUGUUUUUCCUGCCAGCACCUCCUGGAAUACUCAUUACUUUCUACACCUGUAGAAAUCGUUUCCUAUACGCGAAAAAGAAACAAUGGCUUUAUAUUGUAUGAUUUGUGUUUCUAGCCUGUGUAGCCUUAAAGUCUCUUGAUUUGAUCCAUCUCUCCAGCAGAUUUUGGACAUAAGCAAUAGUAGUGUCAUGUUUCGCUAACAGACUGAACCGUAGAUCCUAAAGCACAAGCUCUGUAAUGCAUGUCUUUCUCAGGUUUUAAUAUGCGUAUGAGAAUGGAUACAUAUGUUAAAAUAUUUUACCAUAAAUAUUUCUGAUGUUUUUCUGCUGCUGACAUAAAAAGAAAAAAGAAAAAAAAAAAUAGUUGAAUAACCUGCCAGUGAAAGGGAAGUGGCUCUUUGUACAAGACACUGCUGUGUGCUGUUACUGCGCAAUGUUUUCUGACAUGAAUAUUUUAUAGCUCAAGUAGAAAAAUAUGUAUUGACAAUAUUUAAGCAAUAGCUUGGUGAUUAUAAUGUAUGAUAACUAGAUAAGUGUAUAUUGCGUAAAAAAAAAAAAAGAAGAAAAUCUUAGAUUCACUUUUGGUGGAUUUUGUACUGUAUUUAUUACUAAUGAUGAUGCAAAAAGUUGCAUAGCUUAACCCAAAUUUUUCUUUCUUUUUUAAUUUCUUGUCUUGUAUAUGACCCUUUUUGUAUGUGUUUUUUCAAAUAAAAUGUUGAAAAUGCCUCCAAAAAAAUGAAGCAUAUCCCAUAAUUCAUCAUGUUCGGGAACUUGAAGCUCCAAAGUCGCAAGAUGUCAAGGUAAAAAGUUACAGUGCAAGUUAAAUGAAUUGGAUACAAUCUAAUUCAUAUUAAAAGGCAACACGUUUAAAAUGGAUUAAAGGGUUAGUUCACCCAAAUGUGAAAUGUGAAUUA